GUUCGCUUGGUCGGUCAAUGAGCCGUCAGAUUGGUCCUGCAACAAACACGAAACAAGUCGGAAAGUCGCCGCUGACCCUCCAGGAUUUGGUUUGGCCUCCUGAACUUCGUCCGUACAUUGCAGGAGGCUCAAGCCGCUGAUGCCACGCAAUGCGCUAUAUACCUGAGGACUGCAGGGAGCGUCUGUCCUUGCAUCGUCGACCAAGAGCCAGGUAUAAAGGACACUGCCAGCCCGCUAGCAGAGGCCAGAUCGAUACUCAUAGCCUUGGAACUUGCUAGAGACAGAUAUCCUUCCCUCUUGUUAGUCUCGCAGAUCAAAAUAUCCGAAUCGUGUCGUCCACUGCUCAAGAUGAAGUCAAAGCUUCUAUUAGCCAUGCUCUUUGCUGCUUCAGCGGUGGCAGCGACGGUCCUGGAAGAAGCUGAGCCGGAACACUCCCUGCAAAAGCGAGCGUUCUACCAAGAUGGCUACAAAAUCUUUAAACGCAAGCGAAAUGCCCACGCCUGCAUGAUGUCUAUCGUCUUCAUCGUCCUCUUCCCGUUGGGUGCCAUUUCCCUUCAUCUCCCGCUUCGAGGCGUGCGCGUGGUUCAGUUCAUCCACGCCCCGAUCCAGAUCUUGGGGAUGGCGAUGAUGAUUGGCGCUCUGGGGUUGGGAAUCGACAUUGCAGACGUUGAUCUGAACUACUUCGCCAGCAGCACCUCUACCAAGGCACACGUCGUGAUUGGCCUCCUCGCGACCUCGGCGCUGAUCCUCUUUCAGCCGGCACUGGGGUUACUGCAGCAUCGCUAUUUCAAAAAGACAGGCAAGAAGAGUAUGUUCGCCUACAUCCAUCGGUGGCUCGGCCGCAUUGCAAUCUGCCUGGGCUGGAUCAAUUCCGGCUUGGGGUUUCAGCUGGUGCCCAUCUCGCUGGUGGCCACCCACUCUCUGGUUCGAAACUUUGUGAUUAUGGGAGUCUUGGGAGGGAUCUGGUUCUUCUUGAUCGGAUGGGAUGGAUAUCGACACCACUGGGCGAAGAAGGACAAGAUGUCUGCCUAUCGUCUCGGGUGGGAAAAAGGGGUGGUGCUUCGGGGCCAGCGGGCCGAGGAAGAAGGCAUAAAGGACACCAAGCCAGAGUCGGGCAGUUCUGAGAACCAGGUCAAUCCCAAAUGAGGGGGACAAGAGGUUGAUGGAGCCUGAACACCUGUGUACUAUACGGAGAACCUUGGUACAUACCAGGGAUCUUCGUCGCUGUAAAACCACCCGAAUAGAAAUGAUAGAGAUGCUUAGAAUUACCAGGACGGGAAUAGCGCGAUAUAUCGGGCCCGAGGAGCGCAGGCUGAGGCUUGGCGGCUUGGCGGCUUGGCAGCUGCAAGGAAAUACUAUUUAG